AUGCAAAUCGGCAAAAUACCCAAUACGGCAAUCACAGCAUCAUCAACUUUUGGUAAUCUCGAGUAUUAUAACCCUUACUUCGCAAGAUUGAAUAAGACUGGCAGUUCUUGUUGUUGGGCACCAACUGCAGAAGGAAGAGUUGGCUCGUGGUUACAAGUUGAUCUUGGAAAAAAAACAGCUGUCACAGGAUUUGCAACUCAAGGAACGUGUUAUCGGGGGCACCAGUGGGCGAUCUCUUACUCGAUUGCUUACAGCAACAAUGGUAAUAAUUGGACUGCUUAUAUAGAGACUGGGACUGUGAAGGUUUUUCAAGGCAACAAAGAUCAAAACUCCAUUGUUACCCACACAUUUAAAAAUGAAAUCGUAGCUCGAUACAUUCGUGUGUUGCCAAAAUCAUGGAAAGACUAUCCUUCAAUGAGACUUGAGUUGUACGGUUGUCACUGA